CGUCUGGUCGGGAUUGUCCAAAUAUUCCUAGGUCCGUGCAAGUUGUUAUUAGCCAGCAAAAUAUUAUUCACCCGUUAAAUACAGCUUAUGUUCAUCCUCCUCGCUGUUUGUUUACUUUACACAAGUACCUGAGCCAACCAGCUUUAUUGUCCUUUCUCCCCGUUCUGUUAAAUAAGCCCACCUGUCAAAUUGAGCUAGCGAGUUAGCUUGUUGGAGCUAGUCAGUGUCAAGCAGGUGGAAGGGAUUUUUCAACCCUUAAAGUUUAAGUUACAUAACGUUAGGACAAGGAUCAUUAAUGGCAGCUCGGCAACCCUUCACAGACACGGACACUGCGGAUGAAGCAGUGAGGGCGACCUGUGACGAUGCAACCGUAUGUAAAAGGUUUGCUACCAGUAAAAACUACUGGAAGGACCCCUACAUCCAGUAUUUCGCAAGAUCUGUAGGCGAGCGGAAGGCACCUGAAAUCAAUAGAGGUUACUAUGCCCGUGUUCAAGGAGUUAACCAUCUCCUUGACGCGUUUAUAAAGAAAGCAGAGUGUGACUGUCAAGUAAUCAACGUGGGUGCUGGAAUGGAUACCACGUUUUGGAGACUUAAGGAUGAAAACCUCAUGCCGCGGAAAUUCUUUGAAGUUGACUUUCCAACAGUCGUGGCCAGGAAAAUUCACCAUAUUAAGACAAAACCACCCCUGUCCAAACCCCUCAUCGAAACCCACUCAUCAGACUCCUUACUACUAGAUGCCCAUAGCCUUGACUCUGACCGUUACUGUAUCAUUGGGGCAGACCUCAGAGACAUCUCUAAUUUGGAUGAAAAACUGAAGAAGUUCCAGCUUAAUACAGAAUUACCCACAGUGCUCUUGUCAGAGUGUGUGCUGGUCUACAUGACGACCUCCCAGUCCUCUAAUCUAGUUCACUGGGCCGCAGAAACCUUCCACACUGCCAUGUUCAUCAACUACGAACAGGUGAACAUGAGUGAUCGAUUUGGCCAGGUGAUGAUCGAGAACCUGCAGCGUCGCCAGUGCACCUUGGCGGGAGUGGAGGUCUGCCGGUCUUUGGACUCUCAGAAGGAGCGUUUUCUGAAGACUGGCUGGGAGCAUGCUGAUGCUCUUGACAUGAUGACGGUCUACAGUAUGCUGCCCCAGGAUGAUGUGGCAAGAGUUGAGCGUCUGGAGUUCCUGGAUGAGAGGGAGCUGUUGCAACAACUUCUUCAACACUACAGCAUCUGCUGGGCAACCAAGGACAAACUCAAUCUGGGUCUGUCACAGCUGGCAUUUUGAGAGUGAAACUGCUCCACUGUUGGACAUGCUUUGUGUGUGUGUGUGUGGAUGCCAAAAUCAGCAAGAGGAGAUGAUGUGUAAAGGGAGACAUUGGGGAAAGACGAAGCCCUUUUUCUCCUUCAAGCCCUCGUCUGGUGAGCUUUUCUGGCGUGAAAACUCGUUGCUUCAGCAGAACGUGGUUACAUAAGCGUCCUUUGUAGCCCCAGUGUUGAAGAUAAGAGACGAUUAUGUUGAGAGCUGUGAAGAGGUUUGUUGCAUGGAUCAUGUUCUAUUUUUUGCUUAUGGACAUAUUUUACGACGCAAUCAAAUCAAAUACUGUUUCAAAAUCUGCUCCCCUGUGUUGGAGAUUAAAGAAUGUAUGAAGUUCGAAGAAUUUCAGAUGUCAUAUAUUUGUCCUGGUCUGGUGUGUAUGCCAAUUUGAUCUUAUUUAUUUAUCAUUUGUCCUUCCUGGAUACAUUUUCUUAAACAACAUACAUGCAUGCAAUAGAACAUGCAACUCCUGACUAAUUUGAAUUUGUCCAUAAAAUGUUUUCUGUUCCUGUGCUUCAUACAGCAAAGAGGACAUGACAGAUUAAUUUGUGAUAGAAUAUAUUUUAAUGAAUGCUGUUCAAGUUCAGUUGAAUAAAAUGUUCUUUUUAUGUAAGAA